AAAGAGAAAAGAGGAUCGGGAAUAUGGGGUGGUUGCUCCUGCAACAGAAAGUCGACGUUCAUUAGCCUCAGGAGAACAAAGGGGAGAAUGAAUGGAGCAUGCAGAAGAAAUGGAGCAAAACACCGCAGAGAAGUCAAUCUGACAUUGCCUGCUUCCUUGCUCAGACAUCAUGAAGCAACAUCUCAGCUCUGCAGGAUUGUCCCUUGCUGUGGCCUGCCCCCGGGAAGAAACUCUGAUGGAUGCUUUGCCUCUCACACCAGGAGAGCUGGUGUGUUUAGGGUCAAGCCUGGCCUUCUCUGGUCUCUUUUAUUACCUACAUAGGAAGAAGGCCAAGGUGGUGGCCAAGAUCCAGGAGGCUCCGAAGCUUCAAGUGAACGAGAGUCUUCCCGGCAUCCUCUCUGCCACAGGUAGCAGCUGCCUGCCCUAUGUUGCCAUUGAAGGAGUAGUCCAGCCCGUUGAGGCAGCCCUGACCAGCCCAUACCACGAAGAACUGCAGGGAGUGAUUGAGAGGCUUGUGCUGAAGGAGCAUCGGCUGAUCUGGAACAGUCUGGCCCGCAGCUGGACGGACAGCGAGCGGGUGGUGCUGGAGCAGGUACACACAGUGCCAUUUGUCCUGGCAUCCCCCAGCGGUGAGGUGGUGGGGCAGGUGAGCGUGGAAUCGCCCCUCCAUGCCAUUGAGCUACCCUUGGAGACGGUGUACGAGCGCUUCCAGCAGACCUCGCACGGCUUCAAGGACCUGCUCAGCCACUACCUGAGCGGGGAAAAGCCCAAGGGCUUCCUGGAGACAGAAGAGAUGCUCUUGGUAGGGAGCAGCCUCACCGGAAUCGGUGAACUUGUCCUGCACCCGGAUGGCUCUCUCCACCUUCAGCCCCCGGCAGACGGCGCCGGAUACUUCCUGCGUCUGGGCGACUGGCAGACCAUCUUGGCCGACCUGCAGUCAGUCAGCGGCUUCUGGAAGUGGGCUUCGCUGUUGUGUGGCUUAGCAGCCACGGCCGUCGUCCUCCAUGUCCUUUGCCGCGCUUACCGGCGCCACAGGAUAAAGCAGGAGCAGGAGGCGCAACGGCGGGAGUUUGAAGACCUCCGGCGCCACCAAAGCGCGGGCCUGGAUCCGUCUGAAGAGCCACCCGAAAACGCUUGCGUCAUCUGCCUUACGAACCUCCGAGAGUGCGUCCUCCUUCCCUGCGGCCACGUCUGCUGUUGCUUCCGCUGCUUCCAGGCCUUGCCCAGACACACCUGCCCCAUUUGCAGGAGCUCCAUAGACCGGGUGGUCCCCCUCUAUCAGGCCUGAUGGCACCGCCUAGGCAAUCUUAGAAAUGCCCACUAGACACCCCCAGCAUAGCAUGCAAGGAUGAACGGAACAGGCAUGUGGUGGCGUGAAAGGUGAGGAUGUCCUUUAGCGAUGGAGGGACGCAAACGCCACCUUUUGAGGUUGGUGCGCUGGACACACAUUCUCCACCCCCCAUCAACCUCCCCCCCAGUUAUUGUUGUUAUGAGGUGUGUCCAAAGGUGAUGCUGCAAUAAAGGUCAUUGUUAGGUCAUUCUCCCAGCCCUGCUAGGCGGGAAGGAGUGCUGCAGAGCUUGCCAGCUGUGUUGAUCUGCUGCACUUUCUGUCCUGAGGGAUGGAAGGAAUCCCUGAGCUAUUUGCAAAAUUGCAUUUGGGAACGGGAGGAGGAGCUCACAGAUUCGGUAGUGAGUGAAGAUCUACAGCCUCGACUUUGGUUUCCUGCACGUGGCCUCUUGGAAUCUGGGCCAAGUUCCAUUCUGAGCCAACCUCUCCGAGCCCAGUGGACAGCCAUCUCCUUGCCUCUGUGUUUGGACUUUCAGAUACAUGCACAUGCGUGCAUGCGCAGAAAGGGGGGGUCAUAAUGGUUUAAAGGCAACACGUUUUAUAACUGGCUGAAAGGACCGCCUGUUCUCAUACUGUGCUGUAAGCCGGAUUUAGUUUUCACAAUAGAGUUUUAUUUUUUUUAUAGAGUGCCUCCCUCUGUUAGCCACAUGCAAGCAGGUGUUAACCAGGUUGAUGUAAAUGUUGCAAUGAGGCUGCAGGCUGUGCAGUGCCCUGCCCUGGCCUCAUAUUUGGGUGAGGGGUUUUUCAGUAUUGUACCAGCCAGGAGGAGCCAUUUUUAAGCUACCUUAACCCUAGAGAAUCAUCACACAAGCAGCCCUCUGCAGAAGCCAAGGCCAGGACAAGAGAAGUAGGGAUCUACUUGUAGCAGACAUGCUGUUGCAGGCAGCUCUAAGCAAAACGUGCCAACGGUACUCUAGCCCAAGUCCCCUUGUAGGUUCACUCCUGCCAUCUGAGAGCUCAGGGCAGUUCCUUUCCCUGUUGAACCAACCCAUCCCUGAACAGCAGGCUCUUGCUUAAUCAUGAGUUGCCAGUGGUUCACUUGCUCAACCUGGAAUUGCUUGGAUCCAUUUCCCUCUUCACAAAGUGCCUGAGGCAGAGAGUCAGUCAUGCUGUGGGCAAGUGACAGACAGUUCAACCAGCUGACGCCUUGCUAAUGAGGACUGCCUUCCUCAGGUGGCUUUCCCCCAGGAUUAUUGGCAUUGAGCUCCGGAUGGACUGGCAACACGUGAACUUCUCUUAACCUUGCUUUGCCGGUUGAUUGGACUGAUGCGUUUGUGCCAUGCUCUGGGCAUGAGCUGAGCGCUUGAUGGCGCCUGGCAGAGCUGCACAGAGCAAAUGUGGAAUCAAGAUUUAUUGAUAAACUGAGAAAUCUAUCAAA